GAGGCUUCAGACCCGAUAGGGCGCUGAUUGGAUGAAGGCCGGAGGACUUCCGGAAGUUUCCAAGAGGUCCGUGAGUAGGCUGAAAGGAGAUCUGCACGUGGAGCGUUGGGUGGCUGUGAUGGAGACGGCCCCCAAGCCCGGUGGGAGUGUCCCGCCGAAGAAGGGCAGGCUUCCAGCCAUGAGAAAGAAACCGCGGCGGUACUGGGAGGAGGAGGCCACCUCGCCAGCCGCGGGGCCGCCUCGGAAGAAGACCAGGACCCUGGAGCCCGGCCCCACGAGGCGGAAAAGCGCGAACGGCCCCAAGCCGCGGAACCAGCGGAAGCCCGGGGGCCGGAAGGCCGCGCAACGGAGGAAGCCGGAGCAGACCUUGUCUGGGGCCCAGGACCCAUUCCCAGGCCCCGCGCCCGCCCGGGUGGAUGCUGCCCGGAAAUUCUGUCGCAUUGACAGAUCCGAGAAGCUCCCGCGUGCAAAGAGGAAAACCCGAAGCAAACUUGAGGCCGCGGAAGCGCAGGAGGAAGAGGCGAGCGCCAGAGCUGCACGUUCGGAGCUGCUGCUGGCCGAGGAGCCCGGGUUUCUGGAAGGAGAAGAUGGGGAAGACACAGCAAAGAUACUACAAACCGACAUCGUGGAGGCUGUGGACAUCGCAAGUGCUGCCAAGCACUUUGACUUGAAUCUGCGGCAGUUUGGACCUUACAGACUAAACUAUUCUCGAACUGGGAGACACCUGGCUUUAGGAGGGCAUCGGGGUCAUGUGGCUGCCCUCGAUUGGGUGACAAAGAAGCUCAUGUGUGAGAUCAAUGUCAUGGAAGCAGUGCGGGACAUCCAGUUCCUCCACUCUGAGGCACUGUUUGCUGUUGCUCAGAACCGCUGGCUUUACAUCUACGAUAACCAGGGCAUCGAGCUCCACUGUAUCCGCCGCUGUGACCGUGUAACCCAGCUUGAAUUUCUCCCUUUCCACUUUCUCCUGGCCACAGCUUCAGAGACGGGGUUUCUGACCUACCUGGAUGUGUCCGUGGGAAAGAUUGUGACAGCUCUGAAUGCUCGGGCUGGCCGGCUCAGCGUCAUGGCUCAGAACCCUUACAAUGCUGUCAUCCACCUUGGACACAGCAAUGGCACUGUGUCCUUAUGGAGUCCAGCCAUGAAGGAGCCGCUGGCAAAGAUUCUAUGUCACCGAGGCGGGGUGCGGGCUGUGGCAGUGGAUUCUACAGGCACGUACAUGGCUACUUCUGGCCUGGACCAUCAGCUGAAGAUCUUUGACUUGCGAGGGACAUUCCAGCCUCUGAGUGCUCGUACUCUGCCCCAGGGAGCAGGGCACCUGGCCUUUUCCCAGCGGGGACUGUUAGCUGCGGGAGUGGGUGAUGUUGUCAACAUAUGGGCAGGGCAAGGCAAGGCCAGCCCACCCUCCCUGGAGCAGCCCUACCUCACUCACCGGCUGUCGGGCCAUGUGCAUGGACUCCAGUUCUGUCCCUUUGAAGAUGUGCUGGGCGUGGGGCACAGUGGGGGCAUCACCAGCAUGCUGGUUCCUGGGGCUGCUGAGCCCAACUUUGAUGGUCUGGAGAACAACCCGUACAGGAGCCGAAAGCAGCGCCAGGAGUGGGAGGUCAAGGCUCUGCUGGAGAAGGUACCUGCAGAGCUCAUUUGUCUGGACCCCCGAGCCCUGGCACAGGUAGAUGUGGUCACUCUGGAGCAGCAGAAGAAGGAGCGGAUAGAGAGACUGGGCUACGACCCUGAUGCCAAGGCUGCCUUCCAACCCAAACCAAAGCAGAAGGGCCGCAGCUCCACAGCAAGCCUGGUGAAGAGGAAGAAGAAGGUCAUGGACCAGGAGCACAGGGACAAAGUCCGGCAGAGCCUUGAGCAGAAGCAACAGCAACAGAAGCAAGAGAAGGCCAAGCCCACUGGAGUCCGGCCAUCUGCACUGGAUAGAUUCAUGCACUGAGCCAGAGAUCCCCACCCUGACUUAGGUGGCCAGAGAGCUGGCUCAGCACACAGAGGUGCUUAUCUCGAGACCAGAGGACCUGAGCUGGAGUGCCAGAAAACACAUGGUGGAAGGAGAUAAUUCACUCCAAGUUGUCCUCCAACCUUCACAUGUAUACAGUGACAUGACUGUGUACACAUACACGAUUACCCAUGGAAGAAAGGGACUAUUUCCUGCAUACCUUAGUCCCAGUUGGGGACAGGCAGCCAGCCCCUUGGAUGGGUUGGUAUUAAACGGGAAUUUUUGGAGAA